CAAACUACAAAAUUGGUGAGAUUUUUCUCAAUUUCAAAGAGAUUUGGGAGAGCGAUGAGAGGAGUCGGAGGUCCGUUGCUGUCAAUCGGAGAUCUUCUCGCCGAUCUCGGUGAAGAAACUGGCGACUCACCGGAAAACAAUCCAAAUCCAGAAAUUCCUUCAAAAUCAGACUCUGAUGAUACCAUCUCUGGACCGUUGGAUCUAACCCGACUCUUUCAGGAAAACUAUGAUAAACUUAACGAUGCGUUUGCUGGUUCUGAUCACUCAUGGACCUCCCUAACAUUGGAGCUCUGCACUUCCCUAGAAACUGCUAACAAGUUGGUCCAUGCCACAACCACAAAUGCUAGAUUGUUGUCAGAGAAGGUGGAAGAACUCGAGAAAAUAGUGAAACGAGGAGACUCUGCAGUGGCAGCUGCCAGAACGGUUCACGCCACGGUUAACCAGAAAGGAUUACCCUCUGCGUAAACAGUUAGGACAUAUAACAAUAUCAAUUAAUGCUUUACCAAGUGGUCCUGCUGCUUCUUACAAGGACCACAGGUUGUUCGACCU